UUGCAGACUUCCUCCUCCUCCUCAGAGGAGUCAGUGCUUUACGGAGAGUUCAACCUAUUGAAUCAUUUUUAAUAUUUUCGUCAGUUUUGAUAACAUGGAUGUUUUAAGUUUACGGAGAAAGCGGCUCUAUUCCUAACUACCCGGAGUUUACGUUGAUAUUCAGGAGCAAAACUAAGAAGGGUUUAUUCACCGCAUCUCCUGUCUGUCAAAACAUGGGAAAAUGGCAGUUAUCGAUGGAACUAGUGCAGGAGUGGGGCGAGGAGGAGGAGGACGGGGCCAUUUUCGGGAUCACCCUUCGAAGGGAGACCGUCCCGCCGGGCUCGGACUCCCCUGACCCCUCGCCGGCCUUCAGGUGCGUCCAGUACCACACGGUGAAGGUUCGCAGGCUGAAGGCCGCCACCUUGGAGCGCCUGGUGUCCCACCUGCUGGACGCAGAGCACCGGGAGCCCGACUUCAUCCGGGUGUUCCUCUCCAUGUACCGGGCCUUCACCUCCACCGGCGCCUUCAUUGAACUGUUGUUUCAGAGAGACAAAGCGCUUGCCAAUUCGGACAACGCGGUCAGUCUGCACAGUACUGCUCUCCCGGUGGUCCGGCUGUGGUUGGAGGAAUACAGCACCGACUUCCAGGACCCGCCUCAGUACCAGGCCCUGAGGCUGCUGUGCUCCCACCUACGUCAUCGACUCAGCUUCAGACGUUUGCUUUCGACUGCUGAGGCUUUGCUCAAGAGACUCCAGGAACAAGAUUGCAGCCGCUCCGUGUCAGAACACCUCAGUGCAUCCCUGCAGCGCUGCAAACUCGGCGAUGGAGGAGAAACGUCCGCUAAACCAGACAAACACAACUUCCUGGACUUCCCAGUUAGAGAAGUAGCAGAGCAGCUCACCAGAUUGGACGCCGAGCUGUUUGUGAAAGUGGAGCCGUUCCACUGCCUGGGCUGCAUCUGGUCGCAGCGUGACAAGAAGGAAAACCGCAAUCUGGCGCCGUCGGUCCGAGCCACCAUUUCCCAGUUCAACGUUGUGACCAACCGUGUCAUCACUUCCCUCCUCUGCCCGUCCUCACCCAGCCCAGACACUUCCUCCCCCGUCUUGUCCCCUUCCUCGACCCCCACCUUUCUGAACCCGUCUUCGGCACCCGGCUCGCCUCACGGCUCGCACGCCAGUCCGGUUCACAGGGCGCGCGUCAUCGAGUGGUGGAUCGCCGUCGCACAGGAGUGCAGGCAGCUGAAGAACUUCUCGUCUUUGAAAGCCAUCCUGUCCGCCCUGCAGUCCAACGCCGUGUACCGCCUCAAGAGGACCUGGGCCGCUGUGAGCAGGGAAAGCAUGACCACCUUUGAUCACCUGUGUGAGACGUUUCCCGACGAGAACUGUGUCCUCACAAACGGGGAGAUACUAGUUGAGAACUUCAGCUGUGGUGUGGUGCCGUACCUGGGGACGUACCUGACGGUCCUCACCAUGUUGGACACGGCGCUGGCCGACACUGUGGAGGGGAAUCUCAUCAACUUUGAGAAACGGAGGCGGGAGUAUGAGAUCCUCUCUCAGAUCCGACAGCUGCAGGCUUUCUGCUCCCACUACAGCCUCUCGGUGAACUCUGACCUCACAGCCUGGCUCCAGGCUCACACUCUGCUCACGGAGCAGGAGAGCUACGAGCGGUCUCGGGAGCUGGAGCCUCCUGUUGACCCCUGCCCCAACUCUCCCAACUCUUGGAGCCGCCGCCUGCUGGCCAAUAAGCUCGCUUUGUUGCGAACGUCGCACUCGGAUCAGAUCAGCGUGUCGUCGUCUGGGUCCAGUGGUUCAGACCUGGAGGACCUCUCCACGCCUCAGCCUUCACCCUUCAGGCUCAAACUGAAGUCUCUCCCAGGCUCGCUUCACAACGUAGCGGAGGACUUCUCCAUGUCUUCCUCGUCCUCACCGAGCCUCUCCAGCUCAUCCUGCUGCUCCUCGCAGCCAGACCUCUGCUCUUCUUCUCUGGCGCUCAGCCCAGAGUCGUCCUCCUCCUCAUCGUCAUCGUCGUGUUCAUCGCAGUCCACCUGCUCUCCCCAGGCCGUGCUGCCUCUCUACAACAAACAGAUUGCAGACUCGUGUAUCAUCAGGGUCACGGUGGAGUGUGUCAGCAACGGAAACGUCUACAAGAGCAUCCUGCUGACCAGCCAGGACCACACGCCGCAGGUGAUCCAGAGAGCUCUAGAGAAACACAAUAUGGAGGAUUUCAGGAGCAGCGACUUUGGCCUCUACCAGCUGCUCAACCAUGGAAGAGAGCUUCACAUUCCUGACAACGCCAACGUCUUCUACGCCAUGUGCACCUCGGCCAACUAUGACUUCGUGCUGCGACAGCGCUGGAGGAGCCACGGGAAACAGUUUGGCUCCUUCUCCAGCCCCGGCGCUCGACACAGGGGCCGGCACGUCAAAUGAACAACAAGCUUCUGCACAGGCCGAACGUUUACUGACUGACUGCAUCUCCUCGUCGGUGUCAGAAGCCCCAAGACGCAUCUGAGGCUCCUCCUCGUUUCUGUUCAUCACCACAAACACCGUCUGCGUGUCUGACCGACACUGACUGCAGAAUAACUCGGAGCAGGUCUCACUUUACCAGCAGAGCGAAAGAAAACCUGCUCUGUGAGAGGAGAGAUGACGCCAGAAUAAUCCAGAUGUUCAUGCAGGAUAUCUGGUGUUAGUGGGAUCUGAAUCCCCAUCUGGAGGAAAUCAUCAGCAGUCCUGAGUUUGACUCAUCAGUGGAAACUCCUGAAUGACUACAGAAGCAUUUUUGCUUCACCCAGAUGAUCUGAAAGCGUAACAAGAGCUGCUGACUUUCACUGGUUAGCGAGUUCAAACCGACCAAAUAUAAAACCAGACCACAUUUUUAUAUUUAAAACACUCCUUAGAUACAGAAGCAUUGUCCUGAGAGUCACUUGCACAUGUCUUUUAGUUUAAAAUUUAAAUAUUUUAUGCAAUCUAAAUGUAAUUAUAACUGUUUAAAUUAUUUAACACACUUCAGUAUUCAUGUGUCAGAGAAAUGGUGGCACAAUGCGCUGCAACAACACAAAAAUAACAAGUUGUUUUUUUUUUUUGGUCUUGUUUCUAGUGUAAAUAUAUGAGUCCACUUGAAGAAAGACAAACUAAUCUAUAAAUAACUUCAGCAAGAUACAGAAGCUUGUUUUAAAUCAAUAAUUCCGUAAUAUGGAUGAAGAAAAAUUACUGGUUCCACUGGCAGAUUAUUUCACUUAUAACAAGAAAAUGUCCCCAUGUUAUAAGUAAAAUAAUUUGCCAGUGGAAAUAGUACUUUUUUAAAAUUAAUGCUAAAGAAUUAUUGACUGAAAACAAACUCUUUUAUCUUGCUGAAAAGUUAGGGUUUUGUUUUUAAAGAGUAGUAAGUCAUUAGCACUGGAAACUAGACAGAAAAAUACUGAGUUUGUUUUUGCAGUGUGAGAAAAUGUUUGAGCCUGUUUUUAUUCUGUUACAAUCUGACCUGCAUUGAUGUGCUACAGAGAGUGGAAAGAUCUUCCCAGUAACAGCUACUCUGGUCCUGUUAAAAACAAAACCAGAGUUAUGAAGGAUUUUCACGUUGAUUUGAAUUUUGUAAAUGUGUCUCAGCCUUCAAAGCUGUAGGUUUCAGUCAGACUGCAGCGAUUUAUCGAGCGCAUGUAAUUUUGUUGCUAAAAGAUUCCUGUCAUGCGUAGGGUCUAACAAACACCUGGCUUAAUAUAUGGAGGAGUUGGGUUUUUGAUUUUUGUGCCUAAAUCUGGCAUAAAACCUCGAUUUACUACAGUUCUCAUAAGCUCCACCCAUAUUUGUUUCAGUUUAAAUGAAGAAAGUUGUUUUUGGGUUUUGUUUUUUUUCUGUAGUGGUCAAAUGAAGGAACAUCCUGCCGAUUUCAAGUGGUUUUGCUCUCUAACCUAGUUUGCAUUGUGUAAUUGUUUUGCUGAAGUCUUUUUGCUGACUCAGUGAUGCAAGAAGCUGCUGGUCAUUUGAAGGAUGCACAGUGUGACCCUCGGCUGCUUCGCUGUUUCUGGUCCGAAGGAAGGCUCUCGUAGGUGAGAAGACGGUUUUUCUGCAUGUGACCUGAGCGACGUCUGCAGUUUGAAAAGCUGCUGCCGUCUGAAGACAUUCAACUGAAGCUGUGACAAAAAAAAAGAGCUGAAAUCUGCAGUAAAAAAGAAAUUGACGACUUCUGCCGCUUGUUCCUCCAUUCGUUGUGCAGUAUUAUAUUCAUGCAUUUGACUCACUUAUUUUGUCACUUUAUAAACAUGUUUUCAUUGUUGUUUUUUUUAAGAGAUGUUUUAUUUUUGUUUAAUCUAAGCACAUGAUGUACAUAUGUAGUAUUAUAUAUUCACUAAUAAAGCAAGUCUACAGUU